AUGGCUUGCGCAACGCUCAAGCGACGUUUAGAUUUCGAUCCUUUACCCGGCCAUAGUAAUAGUAGUGGUAGUCAUCAUCAUCCAAGUAAGCGAAGAAGAUAUUUAUCCAUUUCUCCUCAAUCGGCACCAGCGACACCAGCUCAGCCAUCCAAAGUAUUUCUUCCGUUAAGCCAUAGCGUCGAUACGGAUGAAUUAAGGCAAAAUGUCCAGCUGGAAUAUAAGCGAAUUUUAAAGAGAAGGCGAAUAUUGAAUUUUGACGAGAACGGCCAUGAUAGUGGCCCCAUUUCUUUACCGACAUCGGCAACGGAUGAAUGUCACAGCCUCAUUGCCCAUGGAAAGAAAGAUAUGCCAUUAUUCACUUUUACUGAAGUCAUUGCCUUUUGUCAGAAAAUGCUCAAGCAACGCGAAAAUGACCUAAGGGAAGAGUACGAUAAAGUAUUAACCACCAAAUUGGCCGAACAAUAUGAAGCUUUCGUCAAAUUCACCAAUGAUCAUAUACGCAAGCAACUCAGUAAUGCGCCCAUGUCAUGUAAGUAUAAACACUAA